UUUGGUCUAACGAAUUUUUGGAAUAUACCAUUUUAGUUGAGUUUCUAACACACGUGAAUAAGGUUAUGAAUUACGAAAGCAAUGUAUUUGUCAUGGAAUCGUCCUGAAUCGUCGGAAUAUCCGAAAAUUUGGCAUACAUUCACUGUAUCUGGAGAAAAAUAUCACAUUCAAGACUUGCCCCCAUCAAUAACUGAAAAGGCCCUGCAGUUCAUGAAAGAAAACUCCAUUGACGAGCCAUUAGCAGCAGCUUACAAGAUAUAUGAGGAUGAAGUUGUUUUUGAUCAAAUGGAAGUACAGUGGAGAUCGGUCAUUGAACAGAAGGCGGUAUUAGUUUGUUUCAAAGAAGGAUCCGAUGAAAUCGUUGGCAUAAAUAUGAACUAUGUCCUGUCUAUAUAUGAUCACAUAUUGAUGAGCCCUAUUGCUGUGAUAAAGAAAAGACUGCGAAAUGUGUAUUCAAUGUUCGAAAGAAUGUAUUAUGGUUGCAUCGACCGAAAGUAUAAAUUAUUAUGUUCGUUGAUUAAAUCAAAUAAAAAUGAUAAAAGAUGUCUUGGUCUGUUACAAUUGAUGACUGAAGAUUUUGAUAUAGACGUUGAUGAAGUAUUAGUUGCCUGCGGCCUUUGCGUUGCUCAGAAAUAUCGCGGUCGAGGAAUUGCUGUGGAACUUUUGAAAACAAGAAAGAUAUUUUGUGAAGAAUUCAACAUAAAGUUGACAAUAAAUGUAUUCUCUUCGCAUAUAGCUGACGCAUGCGCCGAAAAAGCUGGUUUUGAACUACUAAAAACCUUUAGUUACGAUGAAAUCCGAAAAAAUUAUCCUCAUCUCAAAGUACCGAUUCAAAUUGAAAGCAAUUCAUUGACUUUUCGAGCAAUGAAAAUCAAUUCAAUGAGAGAACUCAUUUCGGAUAAACCCAAGAGUUUGGCGUUAAUCAAAAAGUUAAAUAAAUAAUCAUGAUAUUUUCUAUCUGAUUAUUAAGUUACUUAGUUAAUUAGUUAUAAUCAUAAUCAAUUAUUUUGAUUAUCAAUUUGGCUGACUGUGAAAAACCUGAAAUAGUAAUUUACUAGUAACUCUAGAAGUUUUUUAUGAACAUUUAAAAUGUGUUGCAUUUAAUUGUUGUGGAUUUUUAAAGAUAGGCAAAGAGUUUUUACACACUUCUCAUACACAUCGAUAAUUUUUCUGCUUUCACUGAGACAUUUUUCGAGAGUGACUGUAAAUAAGGCGGGACUUUUUUGCUUUUCAUAACCAGUUUUUAACUAGAUAGAAUCGACUUUAGCCAGGAUCUUCUAUAGAUUUUUACCGGAAAUUACCCUUAAAUUUUUUGAAGAAGACGUGGUUACCUAUGUCGUAAUCUGUUAGACUGACUUUUCAACAAUUCCUCAUUAAAUGUAUAAUACUUUCAAUAAUCGAUCAUACACAAUAAUA